AUGAUCUAUCCCCACACUGCCUUUAUAGAGUCACUGGCGCAGUUACAGUCUAGCGCGUGCCCGUUCCCUCCGGCGGGGCUCGGCCUAGCGCUGGUACACCGUGCCCUUCGGCGUGCGGUUCUUCCAGUCGUAGUCGCUCCCGAAGCCCUGGCCGCCCAUGACAGACUCCUUGGCGGGCGAGAGGUCGAUGCCGGCGUUCUUCGUGUAAGCCGCGUACGCGGCCUUCAGCUUGCCGGCGUCCUUGGCGUCGACGGCGGCGAAGAUAUCGGCCGUGCCCUCCUGGGCGACGGCCUUGGCCGCCUUGGCCGCGGGCGUCUUGAGCUGGUACGCGCCCGAGUUGAACAGGAUGAACGCGUUCUUCUCGUCGGCGACGGCCGCGAAGUCGCCCUUGGAGACCGCGCCCGAGAGCGCCGCGAUCCGGCCGCCGUAGAUGCCGCGCGACCGCGCGACCGUCGCCGUCGACACGGCACCGUCGGCCGACGCGACCUGCGGCAGCGCGAGCGCGCCCGCGACGGCGCCGGCGACCUUCUGGAGCGCCGCGCGCCGGUUCGCCGCGACGCCCGUGGCCGGCGCCGGCGCGAGUGCCGCCGCGCCGGUCGCGAACAGGGCGAUCAGGACUUUCUGCAUGUUGGGACGCCUGCGUUCGCCGCGGGGGAGAAUCGCGCCGCGCGCGGGGCCGACGCCGGCGCCCCGCCUUCUCUCUCGUGCCCUCUUCUUCGGGGCGGCGCCUCGUAGCAGAGCCGUUGGAAGGGCCGAGCUGAGUGAGCGCCGCCGCCGCCCGCUCCGCUGGAGCCGCAUGGCAGCGACUGACGCUCAGCGACCGGGCUGCGUCCGCCGGCGCCGUCUCGCGGCUUUCUGGCGACGUCGACAGACAUAGCUGACUUCGCGUCUCGGGUUGUUCAGGGCGCCGCUGAGAGACGUGUUUGCCGCAGUGGCUUGAUUGCAGCUAAUCUGCAG